UGUUGCUACUGGGUAUGCUUCUGCAUGGCCGUUUCCCAUACCUUGCUAUCUGAAGCAUAACUCUGCAUGCAACUUCCAGUUUCCUAACCCACGGUCUAGUUUGCUUGUGUACUGUAUCUACGCUUGUGCCAAUUGAUCAAGGAAAGGAAGAGAAUUAGAUCCAGAGAUUUCUGCAGAUUGACCAUGGGUUAGAUAUUCCAAACAUAGUUGCUGGCACUUGAAGGAUUGAUUUGAUUCACUAUGUCUGGACUGGAGGACAUUGAGAUCCAGGCAAAAAACAUCGAUGCUGCAGUAGGAGAGAUAAUUGAUGUUUUGGAGGAUACAAGCAAAGGAAAUAUGAUCUACUUCAAUGGUUGGCAUGGAUGUGGGGCAUCAGCGGCACUCAGGGCAGUAGCUCAACGUCUGAAAUCAUCAAAAUCAAAGUUUGACAAGGUUAUUCAUGUGGACUGUUCGGUGUGGAAAAGCAUGAGGGCCCUGCAAAAGGAAGUAGCGGAGGAGCUGGAUCUUCCGCAUUCUGUGAUGGCCAUCUUUGAUCAGUGCGACGCAGAUGAUGAUUUCAAAGGGAAAGAUGAAGACUCUAGAGGGGUGAUAUCAGAUAUCAGAAGGGAGAUAUUUGAAAAGCUUGCUAGCAGUAGAUUUGUGGUGAUUUUUCACAAUGGGAGUAGCAGAUACAUUGAUUUCUAUGAGUGUGGUGUCCCAGCAAUACCAUUCUUGAGGAACAAAGUGUUGUGGACCUGGCGUGGGAGGUUUCGGCUUGGUCUCGUGCUAGAUGACGGGGAAUUGGAAAAAUGGAGUGUGCAGACUAAUGUUUUUCUCAAUCCCUCUCCUGGACGUGAGGAAGAAUUGCAGGAUCUCGUAGUGCGUGAAGAGGCCGAGGAGGUCGUCAACCGCACGAGGAUUGCGGAGCCUGGCUACCUGAACCACAAGGUAGUCCAGCAGUGUGCCAUGUAUGCAUGGUUACUAAGAAGAAUCACCUCUGCUACAGGUCUGGACUUUUACACCCAUGGACCGAAUUAUUGGGUCUGUGAUGGGAUUAUACAGGGCCAAGGCAAUACAUCAGCAUGGGAAAUUGGCAAUUCGCUGCAGAGGAACAUGUACUUAGAUUGGGUGGGGAGGAACCCGGACGAUGCAAUUUAUUUGGACGAUUUGCUUAUGAGAAACAAUGAUAUUGAUGAUGAUCGCUGGGUUUACGUCACACACAAAGAACCUGGAUGGAGUGAUACUGUGCUGGAUCCUGUGGUGACAUCCUUCUUCUUGUAUGCAGAUGAAUCACCAACAAAUGCAAUACCAAUGUUGCCAGUUAACAUGUUCCAACAUCCAGAAAACAGCAAGCUGCGUGUAUUACAUCUCUCUCGCUGCACCUUUAGUUUUACAUCUCCUCCCUUCGUCCAUUGUGCCCAACUAAGAUUGCUCCAUCUGGACCAUUGCACAAAUACCACAGAUGAUGACGAGCAUCCAAGCCAGAAUGAAGACAUGUCAUGUUUCCAGAAGCUAUUGGUGCUGGUUCUGAGGUAUACAGAUUGGUACUGGCCUCUGUCGGAAAAGAUGAUGAGUUUAAUGACUGACCUCAAGGAGUUGAAUGUGGCGGGAGUCAAGCAUUGGAGCAUAAGCGAUUUGUGUGGUGAUAUUCCUAGCCUUGUCAUACUUCGAGUAACAGCCAACACAGUCACAAUUCAUUCACAAGACAUCAUAAAAAAUAAUGGUGCAUCACUCCUCAACUUGUCCAAGGCAAGUCUCCUGAAGACAGUCAGCCUUGAGAGUUGUGCUGAAUUGGAACAAGUCGCCCCUUUCAUGUUACCCCCAUUGCUCGAGUCAGUUAACUUCAUCAAUAGUGGUGCUAGUGCUGCCAAGAUAUCUAGCAUCUCCUUCCGGGGUUGUUCUCAGUUGAAGAAUAUACUUCUCAAAGGGAAUUUGGGGACCCUGGAGGAGCUGGACCUCUCAGGCACAGCAUUGAAAACCCUUAACCUCAGAGAAGUGGAAGCUCGAAACCUCAAGCGUCUCAUGUUGCUAGGCUGUGAGAAGCUCCGUGCAAUAUUAUGGCCACCAGAAGAUAAAAGGAGAUGGGUUUUGGAGAAGUUGCAGAUCAGCACCGUCCAAUCCGCAUCACCUAGCCAGAAUAAUUGGGAAGAGAAGAUCAAGGAGGCUAGUCCUACUGCAGGAUCAUCAUCUAUCCUUACAUUUGGGGCUUCACCAUUAGGCACCAGGCGAAUUGGAUCUUUUGACUUCAAUUGGUACAUAUCUGUUGCGGAUGCAAGGCUCAUGUGGUCGCUUCUGCCCUUUCAGCUAGAAAUUAAGAGAAACUUUGUAUACUUGGAGAUUGAUUCAUCUCCUGCCAGUGGAGCUGCUGUUGGUCGCCCUGAAGUUGCUCAAGGCAUCGGGAGCCAGCAGCAGUUUGCUCAAUACUUAUAUGCAAGUGAUGUCUUUCAAGAAGAACCGCAAGCUGUCAGUGCUAUCAAAGGUGUGACCAGCUGGAUGUGGGCUUGCCCACCUAUUCCUACUCCAAGUCUUCAAGACUGGUACUUCCACAUGCAAGAUGAAGAGAAGAUGGAGAGAGGAUCAUUACAGCAACAACACAACACUCAAAGAAUCAGUACUAGUGUUGCUUUAGCUCCUGUUUUGAUGUGUGAUAAUGCAGGGAUGUUGUAUGUGCAUGAUAGCUCCUCCAUCACUUGCGUUCCGAGCCCACAAGGUGCAAGGUGGAGGUGGCUUAAAUGGUGCAGAGUUGAGAGGUGCCCCAAGCUAUGCUCUGUCUUUGCCACUCCCCAACUAAGUAGUGAUCAGAUCACCUUUUGGUCCCUGUCUACAUUCUGGGCAUCUCAGCUCCCUAUGGCGUGCUACAUCUGGAACUAGAGUACAAUAUACCAACCAAGCGGAGGAUCCUUCGAAGACCUAGUAUUAUUGCACCUGGACUAUUGCCCCAGGCUCAUACAUGUGCUUCCCUUGUCUGAGCAUAUGGACACCCUACCUAGCCUGGAGACGCUUGAGAUCGUGUGCUGCGGUGAUCUGAAGGAAGUCUUCCCUUUGGACCCUAAGCGCCAACAGAAGCGGGAAAUUAUAAGAUUUCCCAAGCUAAGGCACAUCCACCUGUACCAGCUCUCCACUCUACAGGGCAUCUGUGGGAGCAGGAUGUCCGCACCCAACCUUGAGACCGUCAAGGUCAGGGGCUGCUGGGGCCUUAGCCGCCUGCCGGCCGUCAGCGGCAGCGCCAGGAAGCGGCCUAAGGUGGACUGUGAGAAGGACUGGUGGGACAACCUGAAGUGGGACGGUCUCGAGGCAAAACACGACCCUUCGCUCUAUGAACCACGCCACUCGCGAUACUACAAGAAAGCCCACCUGCCAAGAGGCACCGUACUCAGGUAAACAAUUCCUUCCAUGAUUCGAGCGCUACAGGCAUGUAGACCCUAUGGUGCUACGGUGCUUAAUUAGCAGAAGCUUUCUCUGGAGUGCACGUUUGUGUGUGUUGUUGCCUUACUUCAUGCUGCUUGAUUGGUCUGUGUGGUGGUGUGAAAUCUGCAUCUGCAUUGCCAUGGUGUGGUGGUGCGUCUUCCAGUUCAGUUUGAUUUGAUUUGGUUUGGUUUGUCUUGAUCUUGUUUAAUUUGCUCAGCUUUGCUCAAUGAAAGCCAUAUAAGCGUCAAAGUAAGUAUGCAUCAUCUUGUUGGAUAGAUGAUGCAUGCAUGGUACAAGCUUUGAGAGAAAUAAAUAAGAGAGGGCAUUCAGCCUGUGCUGCAUGAGCGACCUGCCUGCUCAUGCUGUUGCUAUGCUGCUGCUCUCCAUUUGUUUGUUUCGGUGUGUGAUUUGUCAGCUACGGACUGAUUAUUGUAAUGCUAAGCAAUUCCUUGGACUUGUAUACAAAUGGUGAUUCGUGUGUGUCAUCAUA